UUUUCGAAAAUAAAACAAAACAUGAAAUGACAGUUUCUCAGUUCAAAGUUGUCAUGGCCUGUCAGAAUUGCACUGAAAUAUUUGUAAAUACAUAAGAGUACUCGUUUACGUGGUUACAUUAGUGGCGAAUGUUAUAGUUUGCAUUAUUUUUGUUCAAAAUUGACCGAAUAUGGUGAGUAAGUCACACGCUAUUUGAAACCCAAGAUCCCAGUAUCUAUAGUGGACCUAGCAAGUAGGAACGCAUCCCGAUUUGUUCACAACAAAAUAAAAAGAAAAUGAAGAGAAGUACCAGCACGAACGAUUCCUUCAGCGCAAGCAGCACUCAGUCUUUUCCAAAAUCUCUGCAAAACAUAUUUCAGGAUGAUGAAAUAGAAGACGUUGUGGGUGAAGUUAAACUUUCAGAAUCACAAAAAAGUGUAGCCAUGUCAAAUGUAUACUCUAUGGACUUCACAGACAGUAGCUCGGAGAAACACAACUCCUCAGGCAUGGAGACAUAUAUCUUAGAGUGGGACAGUGAGGACAGCGAGUCUUCAGCUCUGCAAGGCAAUGUUAGCAUCAUCAGCGUGAAAGACAGGCCUGCCAAACCUGUUCUUGUCAACAAAGACGCACAAUGUGAUGUCACGAAGAAAAUAAGCAGAUCUUCCUCCACCAGUCUAAACAAAUGCUCCAUUAUCGCACAAGAAAUAUUUACACAAACCAGUAAAACUAUCAUAGAGCUAGCUGAGAGUGACGGCGCGGUCAGAAAGCGGAUCGACAGUAAAACAUUAGAAACACAAACUUCCUUCAUAUCAAUAACAGAAAACAAAACUUUCGAGUAUAGAAUAGAAGUAACUGGUGCAACACAAAAUUUAAUUAGGAACGAAGUGGGUGAUUCAGGCGACAACUAUCUCGAUGUUAUAACAUCCCCACAAAUAUUUCCGAACUCCAUCGACGAUGGUUCAUCAAAAUUCGUAACAUCCGAAACAGAUAACGAAAAAUCCGAUGACGGUACCAGUAAUAAUAGUUCGUGUAGCAACGACAAGCUUGCGGACGUAGUGAAUGACGAUUUUAAAGACAACGAUCUGCUGUAUGACGAAUCGAAUGAAGAUCGAUACGAGAACACCAGUGAAUUUGAACAAUCGCCAAACAAUAGUGAUAUUGAAGAAGAUUCACUCAUGGAAAAUAAAGCUAAAGCUAGUAAACAUGACAAUGAAAGUGACACGUGUAACACGCCAAUAUCUGUUGACAAUGAUGUCGCUGAACUGUACACAAAAUUAUCUGAAACCGUUGAAUUCCACAUGCCGAACCCGGAUCAAGAAAAGAGACGUAUUGGGUACCUAACUCCUUUAACGGAGGAGUCAGUUGUUAAGAAAGAUAGUACAGGGGAGAUAGAAUGUAGCUCAUCUCAUAACAUCAUAGACCUGACCGGAGACGACAAUGACGUAUUGUUUACAAACAAUGCUGGAAUAAAAGUCAAGAUAUUCCCCAAAAGUGAAUCUAACAAAGAAAUCGAAAGUUUCAAAUUGCCCCCCAUACAGGGGAAUCACAAUAACUCUGAUGGCAACUUGAACUUUCUAUUUAAUAGCAGCAAAGGAACGAACAAAAGUAACUCAUCGGGCGUUAAUGAUGAUCGAAGAGACAGAAAUUUGAAUAGAAAUAUGGAUAGAUGGGAGUUAGGGACUAAGGAUCUGGCAUCAGGAGAGAGUCCACUAAUUAGUGGAAGGAGUGACGCUGAGAGAGCGUCACACGGGUCCGUGCAGCUGCCUCCAAUCCACGUAGAAGGCCACGUGGCGCACAGCCCCAGCAAACCUGAUCAGCACUUGAGUAACUCGAGCAAGACAGACGUUGUGGCGUCCGAACCCACCUUGCCGAUCAGUAUCAAGGAGAAAAUUAGGGAACUGAAGAUGAGUCACAGACCACGGAACUCUUGGACUAAUUCUAAGUAUUAUGGGUCAGGCAGUAGAAGCGGUUCUCCCAGCACGGUGUCUCCUGAUGAGAGCCGGGUGACAGAUGCUGCGGAGCGAGGGUGUGAGCUCGUCUGUAUCGAGCUGCUCAAGAAACUUCGCUCACAGACUUGGUUUGAAGUAGCAGAUUCGUUAGAGGACCUCCCUCGAUUAAUGGACAAGUUUUGGAGCGUCAUAGCGGAGCAUAGAAUCGCAGACCUAAUACGACAAGUGACAGCGCACGUGGAAUCUCCGAGAACACAAGUGGCCCGCGCCGCGUGCAAUACUCUUGCAACUAUACUCAAGAACACCAAUUACACCAAGAAACCGGACUUUUACGAAGCAGUUACAAUAUUAUUAAUUAAGACUGGCAGCUUCAGUCGUCCUGUGAGACGAGCUGCCAACGUGGCUCUGGACGAUAUAGUCUGUGGCGUGGACUUGAGCCAUGCAAUCACUGCCCUCUGCAUACAUGGUGCUAGUCACAAGAGUGCGCUAGUGAGAUGCGCGGCCGCGCGUCUGCUAGUGGUGUGCUGCGCGCUGGGAGGCGGGGGGCGGGACUUGCUGCGCACACGCCCGCCCACCGCCGCCUGCGCACGCAAGCACGCGCUCCGCUCACUCGCGUUACUGCUCGAUGAUAAAAGCACUGAAGCUAGAAAAUACGCCGAACGUUUAUACUCAAUGCUGCGUCCACUAGCAAACUUUGAGGCUUAUUACCUAACUGACGUGGACCUGGACACAGCGUCGCGGCAGAUGAAGAAAUACGACCAGCUACUGCUGUGCGGGCCGCCGGAGAGCAGGUGA